UUCUGUGGCUGUUCUGUUUGUGCUUCCUUGAAAUUAGCUGGUUUUGAUGCAAUAUCUACAUUUUCAGGUCUGCUGUGGCUGCUCCUGCUUUGGAUAAAGUCAGCUUUGUUUUCUGGACUUUCAUCUGUGCUUGUGGGUGGAAUGGCAGUGCUGGCAGUUGUCUGCUGUCAGAGACAGCAGGUCGGGCCAAGCUGCAGGAGUGUCCUGACUCUGGAACCCAACGAGCUGCUUCUGCUUUCUUCUUGCAGAUAAUCAUUAUUUGUUUGUAAAUGCAUCAUAAACAGACAGCCCAGAAUGAAGAAAGCAAGCAGGAGUGUUGGCUCAGUGCCCAAAGUGCCUGGAGUAAAUAAAGCUCAAACAAGUGAAAAAGCCAAACCAGAAAACGGCUCCUCAGUGUCUGCAGUAACAAAACUCUCCAAAACCGGGACAUCGGCAUCGCUUUUGAAGACUAAGAGUAACGAUGACCUCUUAGCAGGGAUGGCUGGUGGCGGUGGAGUGACGAUGACCAACGGUGUCAAGGCCAAGAAGAACUCUUGUGUAUCAACAGCAUCUUCAGCUCCAGGGACAGCCAUGAACAGUCUGGAAAACAAACCCAAAACUAUUGCAGGUACAAGUUCCACAGCUAAGCGUAGCACUUCGUCUGGAAAUAAAGAGUCGAGCUCUUCUAGAGAGAGGAUCCGGGAUCGUUCUCGUUUGAGCCAGAGCAAGAAGCUGCCUCUGGCAGGACAGGGGCCCAGUGACACGGUGCUGGCAAAGCGCUCCCGCUCCCGCACCAACCCAGAAUCCGAUAUCCGCAUGAGCAAGUCCAAGUCAGACAAUCAGAUCAGUGACAAAGCUGCACUGGAAGCAAAGGUGAAUGAUCUUCUGACAUUAGCAAAAACGAAAGAUGUGGAAAUCUUGCAUCUGAGAAAUGAAUUAAGGGACAUGCGUGCUCAGCUGGGACUCAACGAAGAUCACCUUGAGGGGGAUGAAAAAUCUGAAGAGAAAGAAGCCAUUGUUGUCCAUCAGCCAACUGAUGUUGAGUCUACACUGCUCCAGUUACAGGAACAAAACACUGCCAUCCGAGAAGAGCUCAACCAGCUGAAGAAUGAGAAUCGAAUGUUAAAGGACAGACUAAAUGCUUUGGGCUUUUCUUUGGAACAAAGGCUGGACAACUCUGAGAAGCUCUUUGGCUAUCAGUCUUUGAGUCCGGAGAUUACAGCUGGCAACCACAGCGAUGGUGGGGGCACUCUGACAUCUUCAGUGGAAGGUUCUGCUCCUGGAUCAAUGGAAGACUUGUUGAGUCAGGAUGAAAACACUCUCAUGGACAACCAACACAGUAACUCCAUGGAUAAUUUAGACAGUGAGUGCAGUGAAGUUUAUCAGCCGCUAACAUCGAGCGAUGAUGCCUUAGAUGCUCCGUCAUCUUCGGAAUCUGAAGGAGUACCAAGUAUAGAAAGAUCUAGGAAGGGAAGCAGUGGCAAUGCAAGUGAAGUAUCUGUAGCUUGUCUGACAGAACGGAUACAUCAGAUGGAAGAGAAUCAACACAGUACAGCUGAAGAGCUCCAAGCCACGCUUCAAGAGCUUGCAGACCUGCAACAAAUAACACAAGAGCUGAACAGCGAGAACGAAAGACUCGGAGAGGAAAAAGUAAUUCUAAUGGAGUCUUUGUGCCAGCAGAGUGACAAACUGGAACACUUCAGCCGUCAGAUUGAGUAUUUCCGGUCCCUUUUGGAUGAACACCAUAUUUCCUAUGUAAUUGAUGAAGACAUGAAGAGUGGGCGCUACAUGGAGCUGGAGCAGCGUUACAUGGAGCUGGCGGAGAAUGCUCGCUUCGAGCGGGAGCAGCUGCUGGGCGUUCAGCAGCACUUGAGCAACACUUUGAAGAUGGCAGAACAAGACAACAAGGAGGCCCAGGAAAUGAUAGGGGCAUUAAAAGAAAGGAAUCACCACAUGGAACGGAUUAUUGAGUCAGAGCAGAAGAGCAAAACAGCUCUGGCAUCUACCUUAGAGGAGUACAAAGCCACAGUAGCCAGUGACCAGAUUGAGAUGAACAGACUGAAAGCUCAGCUGGAGCAUGAAAAGCAGAGAGUGGCCGAGUUGUAUUCCAUACACAACUCUGGAGAUAAAUCAGAUAUACAAGACCUGCUGGAGAGUGUCAGGCUGGAUAAGGAAAAAGCAGAGACCUUGGCCAGUGGUCUGCAGGAAGAGCUGGCACACACCCGCAACGAUGCCAAUCGAUUGCAAGAUGCCAUUGCUAAGGUCGAAGAUGAAUAUCGAGUGUUCCAAGAAGAAGCCAAGAAGCAAAUUGAGGAUCUCAAUGUGACUCUAGAAAAGCUUCGGACAGAAUUAGAUGAAAAAGAGACUGAGAGGAGUGACAUGAAAGAAACCAUCUUUGAGUUGGAGGAUGAAGUAGAGCAGCACCGUGCUGUGAAGCUUCAUGACAAUCUUAUCAUAUCUGAUUUGGAGAAUACAGUUAAAAAACUUCAGGAUCAAAAGCAUGACAUGGAAAGAGAGAUCAAGAAUCUUCACAGGAGACUCCGGGAGGAGUCAGCAGAAUGGCGUCAGUUCCAGGCAGACCUGCAGACUGCAGUGGUUAUAGCCAAUGAUAUCAAGUCAGAGGCCCAGGAGGAGAUCGGGGACCUGAAGCGCAGAUUGCACGAAGCGCAGGAGAAAAAUGAGAAGCUCACUAAGGAGCUGGAGGAGAUAAAGUCACGCAAGCAGGAAGAAGAACGUGGUCGAGUAUACAAUUACAUGAAUGCAGUAGAGAGAGAUUUGGCAGCUCUGAGACAAGGAAUGGGCCUGAGUCGCAGAUCCUCCACCUCCUCAGAGCCAACUCCCACUGUGAAAACGCUCAUCAAGUCCUUUGACAGUGCCUCCUCCCAAGUUCCAAGCCCUGCUGCUGCCACAAUUCCUCGCACUCCCCUGAGCCCAAGUCCCAUGAAAACUCCCCCAGCUGCUGCUGUAUCCCCAAUGCAGAGGCAUUCCAUAAGUGGGCCCAUCUCAUCUUCAAAACCCCUUGCUACACUGACAGACAAAAGACCAAGCUAUGCAGAAAUUCCUGUUCAAGAACAUUUGUUGAGAACCUCUUCCACCAGCCGGCCGGCGUCUCUGCCAAGAGUCCCUGCUAUGGAAAGUGCCAAAUCUAUUUCAGUGUCUCGAAGAAGCAGUGAAGAAAUGAAACGGGACAUCAGUGCACCUGAUGGAGCAUCCCCAGCAUCUCUCAUGGCAAUGGGUACCACCUCACCACAGCUGUCCCUCUCAUCCUCUCCUACAGCAUCAGUCACCCCUACAACCAGAAGCAGAAUAAGGGAAGAGAGGAAAGAUCCCUUGUCUGCCCUGGCAAGAGAAUAUGGAGGCUCCAAGAGGAAUGCCCUGCUGAAGUGGUGCCAGAAGAAAACAGAGGGCUACCAGAAUAUUGACAUCACAAACUUCAGCAGCAGCUGGAAUGAUGGCCUGGCUUUCUGUGCAGUUCUCCACACUUACCUCCCAGCCCAUAUUCCCUAUCAAGAACUGAACAGCCAGGACAAGAGAAGAAAUUUCACUUUGGCUUUUCAGGCAGCUGAAAGUGUUGGCAUCAAAUCUACUCUGGACAUCAAUGAAAUGGUGCGAACUGAGCGUCCAGACUGGCAGAAUGUCAUGCUGUAUGUUACAGCAAUUUACAAAUACUUUGAAACCUGAACCCUAAUCAUUCGUCAGAUCCAUGGGAUACAACCAACAUGAGCUACCAGAUGGAAAUCUUACUGAAAUGCUAAUCCCCAUUUCACUGAAAACUGGCAACAUUUGAGUCCCCUCCAACUUCAGUGACACUAGCAUGGAUUGCCUCAGAUCGCUUCAGCUACUAAGCAUGGAAACAACUGUUUAAAAGCAAGAACUUGUUGCCACAGUGCUUGGAAUAACCCAAGUAAUUAAGCUAUUCAGAUUAAUUAUGUAGCCUAAAGAGCCUGAACUACUUCUGUGCUGCCUUUCCAGUCAGACUUCCUGAAACUUUCUUUGCUGGGAGAGUAAGGUGAAUGCUUCCUCUGGCAUAUAGGAGACUGAAUGUACAGAUAAAGCUUUGAGAAGGAAAAGGAUAACAUGGCAUCAUAUUACUGAACUUUCUGUAGCAUCCUGAUUCCACAGACUCUGAAUAUUCUACCCACAGCAUAUGGCAGCCCAAAACAGUAGCGUUCUUAAUGGUAACUUAGUUACUGCCUAUAUAGCUAUUUUCCAUCCUUUAAAAUGUGCACAAUAUUCUAGGAAAACAAGCUUUGAAUCCAUAAUGACAAAUUGAGGGGAAAAGUGCUCUUGAUACCUCAGAAAAUCUGGCACAGAAGAAGUCUUCAUUCUAAAGCUUCAUUAUAAGCCUACCUCUGUCACAAUGAUGUGGCUUUCAUCUUUAUCUUAUGGAUUGUAAAGACUAGCACAUGCAGCUCCUGGCUUUCAGGGUACACUACACUUCAAGGAAUCUGUGUAAAGUCCCUGUGCUUCCACUCCAACAGAAAUGAAUCAAUCAUCACCCCUUGUCUGGCUUGUUCUUUGCUCUCUUCCUCCUUUGCCUGUGCAGCACACGCGGCCACCCCGGGCUUUCCUCUACAGCAAUACGAGCACACGCCAUGGAUAUCUGUGGUAGAAGUUUGGAACUGGGAUAGCAUUUCCUUUGCAGAGAAGAUAUUCUCAACAAGAUGUAAUAAUGAAGUAGUUUGUCUCAAAAUCCAGCUUUGCCAUGUUUUCUUGUGUUUUUCAUUGGUCUUGCACAUCCUCAUUUGAGUGACAGAAGGUGAGAUGUUCUCUGGGAAGGACUGUGGAGGAACUGAUGUAAUGUGUGUACACCCAGUAGUCUCAAAUAUUGCAUGGAAAUGACUCACUGUCACAAGGAAGGAAUUGAGAAACUUUAGUCUGCUCAACUUCUUUUUUUUCUGAAAAUGUACCUGAAUUCAUUUAGCAGCUCUUGGGCAAAAGAGUUUAAGUGCCUUAGCGAUCAUUGAGUUGAUAUGUCCUGGCACUUCAGGGCCUGGUGUGGAAUGUUGAUGGCUCCCAGCGGUUUCAUGGCUCCAUUUGUCACGAGCUGUUUGCUGUAAUUUCGUUUGUCAAAUCGAGGGGAGACUUCACUCUGUCAUUGCUUCUGCCUCUUGCUUUUCUGAACACUUACCAGCAGUUCAGCCACGGAAAAUCUCAUUAAUAUUAAGCAGAAGCUGACUUGAGCAGUGAGUUCUGUAACAGCUGCUAUUUAUAAGCACAGGCUCUUUCAGCAGUAACCCCAUUGUAAAGAAAAUAAAUCUGUUCUAUGGUGCUCUUCCGACUGUUAAGGACAGUUUGAAUGUCAUAGAUGUUAACCCAGUGAAUGCAACUGUGCUUGGCAUCUGUGAAACUUCUUCAUGGUAUAAAAGCACAGAUUUAACUCAGAAGUAUUGCCAAAUCCAAAACCCCAUCAUCUGAAGAACAUAGCCCACGUGAGGAGUAAUAACUCAGCAUGUCUCUAGCAUUGUAUAAGAAUACACAUUUACACUGAUAUGUGCCUGUGAGAAUUAUGGAACUUUGCAAAACAGCUGCUUAACCUCUGCUGAGGGCCUUUGGAGAAGUUUUCAGAGCAGCAGUGUCUCAAACAUUCUUACAGCUCUUUAGAAGUAGAUACCCUCAGAUUAAUUGGUGCAUUUGAGGAGCCAACGUAAUCUAAAAACAAUUGUUGCAGGAGAGGUUUCAAGUGAAAGAUCUUCAUUAAUAGAUUUUAAUAAAAGUCUGAAAUGUAUUUUCCUCUCCUCUAUAUUUCUUCUAAUUUUUUUUUACUUCAUUAGUUUUAAUAAGAAUAGUCUUAGUGCAAAUACACAUUACUGCUGUCUUGCUUUCUAUCCUCCUAUUGUUAAAUUCCAGACUUUGCCAAUCGGUGUUUAAAAGAAACCCUUCUGUUUAUCCUCUGAACAGAUAUCUAUGAUUGUCUUAUUCAUUGCCUUAGAGUUAAAAAAAAAUAUUUUUCUAAUGGAAAUGAUAGCAUUUCUUGAUCUAAAUUCACUCAUGACCUGUUUUGGUGAGGUAAUUCAAACUUUGAGUUGAUUUUUUUUUUUUUUCCUGUCCAAUGGUCAUCUUGAUUUACCUGGAAUGUUGUCAGAAUCCUUAAAUGCAAUAACCCUGAGAGUGUAACCAUUUGUCAAAGGAGAAAUCACAUUUGCCAGAUCCAUUCUGUUAAAAAUGCGAGCUGCUGGUCUCCAGAAGGGAAGAGAGACAAAAGCUAGCAGUAAUUAUAGAAGGGAUCUUGUUAUGAACUUCAGAGCUCUGUAAACUUCUUCUUGGUGUGAUCUGAUAAAACUCUGUGAAUCCAGCCCAGGAACCCUGGGCUUUGUGAAGAGGUUUUUGUGUCCUGAUGUGUCUGAGCCUUUACAUGUGAGGUGCUGCACAGCUGCCAGGUGGAAGGAAUGAAGCAGUGGAAGAUCUAAAGCAAACACAAUGCCCUGCUGCACUCUAUAAUGUGUUUUUUUCUGAAGGUUCAAACCACAUUCAACUGUUCAAGAGGAAAAAUAGCAGUAGCCCUUCUGGAUGUGGAAUAAAUAUACUGUUGUGUUUGGUUUCUGUUCAUAUUUAAUCCUGAAACAGCCUGAUUUGUUGGGUUUUUUUAUGUGAAGUGCAAGUUGAUGCUGAUUUACUUUCCUUUUAAUCCAGAAGAUAUUUCUGAAUGUACUGAAUCUGUUGUCAUCCAUUUAAAUUUUACUAUGUGCCUUGCAAAUGCCUGUGCUGUAGAAUAUCAGGGUUACUCAUGGCCAGCUGUGGGGUGGGCAACAAAAUGGAGCUGUGGGAUAUCCUGAUGCAGGUACAGCUGUGUUAUCCUCUGGAUGCUGUGGAUGGAAACACUUCCAUAGGUGUUACACUUCAUUUGCUUUCCAGUUGGUUUUGUUUAAUCCAGUUUGAUUUGGCUGUUUGUUUAAAUGGAAACACUAAUUUCGUAUCUCCAGUGUGAAUCUCUGGCCCUCACAAAAAAACAUCUUAUUCCCAUGCCUCUGAAAAACUGACUGAAAUUUUCCCUUUUAAAUUUGUGUUUGUGGAUAGUUCAUCCAGAAUAUAGUAUAUAAUUAUGAUCUAUUCUGAUUUAAAGCUAGAUUUUUGCAUCUCUUACACAUAAUAUAUUAUUCAAGUUACAUGUAGUGUUUCUGAUAAUUUUUUGUCUCCAGUUUUAUGAAAUAUUUCCACUGUUGUGUUUUUCUGUCAAGUUCAUCAUCAUGUCUUAGAAGGCCCUUAAUUUCCCAGAGCUAAAUGAACUCUGCUUUAAUUUAUUGGUGUAAAUUCCUUUUAAGGUCCCUGACAGCAGUGAUGCUCUGGUUUUAGGUGCAUGAGGAGAAAUAAAUUGGACCCCUCCUGUAAUGGUGCAGUACAGUGGUUUAUGCUGCUGAGGAUCUGCCUUGUGAAUUGUGUAGCUGUGACAUUGGAGUCUCUUUUCUGUUCCUGAUCUCAGUGUUAAGUUUUUAGCUAUUUCUUUAGUUUCAACACUCCAGACAUUUGGGUUCUUCUGCAUCACCAGAAGAUUAUUUUCACUCAAUUCUAUUUCUGUACAGAUUUGGCCCAGGGCACAGUUUUUAUUCCAGCCUAGUUUUAACCAAGAUUAUUUGGGAAACUGGAGAUUUGGAGAACUUGUGGGUGUUUUUCUUCCUGCCUGUGCCUGGUCUGGGGACACUGCCUGGAGUUCAGGUGGUGUGUGAUGGUUCCUUCCCAAGGCUGAAGUGAUGCAGUGACACCUUUAAACCGUGUUCCUGUGACUCCUGUGGUGACAUCACUUCUGGUUUGCCUCUUGCAGUUAACACAGCCCCAAGCAGGAGCUCCUAAGGGGCAAAACUCUUCUGGGAGGGAAUCCAUUUGUACACCUUCAUGCUAAUUUUUGCCUCUUGUGAGUUAUGCUGAGGUGGUCUAGAAAGAGGACCUUAAAAUAGUCAUGUCCAUGUAUGGACUGAGUUAACUGUACAGUUUGUUUGUGAUCCUUCCCUUGACUUGGUAAAUAUUUAUUUCUGUUUGAUUUUUAUGUUCUGCACAGCUCUAUUUCUGCAAUUCCUUUCUUUUAGCUACCAUUAGUGUAUCCCUUUCUUUAAGCUAAUAUUAACCAGUUUGAGAAAUUACUUGCUAAGAAGAGCUAUUAAAGUGUCUUCAUCAUCCAUGAGUUCUGGACAUGCCAUUGUGCUUUCCCAAGUUAGUGUGUGUUGACUGGCAAAACACAGACAUCUCUUAAUACAUUUAAUUGUCCCUAUUUAGCAAGAUAUCUUUAACAGUGUUUCUGCAUUCACAGGAGACUGGCUGGAUGGGUUUUAAAUUACUGUGUGGCUUGCUUGUCCCUCCUUCAUCUGAGGUUCUUCUGUUGUGUUCCCUGAUUUCAGAAUCAGUCUUGUAGAAUACUCUAUAAUUAUCUAACCCAAGAUGUUAAGCAUCUGGAAUAUUUAGCAAGUAUGCUGUGGAUAAUUAAUGUUAAAUAACUUAAAAGGUCGAGGUAUGUACAGUUCUGAUUUCUGUUAAUUAAUACAAGUCUUUUUUUCCUUUUG